UGUGCAAGUUAUGAAAAACAGAUAGGCCUAUAUUUCAAUAUUGUGCUAUGACUAUGAGUAUUGACAUUCAAAAUAAACUCUCAGCAAAUGUAGAACACCGGAGAGACGAAAUAUCAACUGACUUUAUCCCAUGUGUACAUCAGCUUUUAAAUGUCCUUGAUGGUUUUGAAAAGUUGUACGAGUUGUAAUACACUUAUUCGUGGCUGGCGUUUCCCCUUAGUUGAACAGAGAGCAGUGUCUAGAAACAAACAUCAGACAGCUAUAAGCGGCCAUGUUUGCUCGUCCAGUCAGUGACAUCACGUGGUCUAAUGAGUCUUAUAAUACAAGAGAACUCAUGUCCAGGUACCCGGCUCCAUUACUAGUCCGGGUAACCCACGGCCAUUGUGGACUUCAAGAUUCAGACUCACUAGGGCAGGGACAGGUGAUCCGUAUCCAUCGAUGGCUAAAACAGCAAAGAGUGAUUGCUAUGGAUGCAAGAGGGCGCUAUUUAAGUAUUCCUCUUGACUUUGAGAUACCAAUUGAGGUAGUUCCAGACAAGAGAAGAACUUUAUCCAAGUUAAAGACAAUGCCCAUAGCUGGUAUCAUCCGUCAAUUCUCACUCCCUAAGAAGGUUCGAUUCUCACUCAGUCAUGUCAAGUCUCUCAAAGACGUGGGGCAGUUCGGUAUCCGUCUUCCAUUGGAGCCCAUUGACCUCCUACGGUUACAGCAAGAAGUUUACCUGAAUGGAAAUGCAGUCAAUUUUGGUGAAUUAGAUGCGGCUAUACUAAGCAUCCCUAUCCACCACGAGCUCGAGAUGUCAGUAGCAAUGGGUCUAUCUAGUGGGGAUAGAAACUGGCAUCGACUCAUGAGAGGUCUUGAUAAUGUGGUGGCUACGAGGGUACGAUUCACUGUACAUGGAAACAAAAAAAUCACAAUAUUUUAUUCCAAGUCGGAAGAUGCAAACAUUAUCAAAAAAGAGACAAGGAAAUCAAUAGAGACGCCCGUGGUGCAGAAACGGCAACAAUCCCUAGGCCGUGCAUUCUAUUACGGCACAUUACAAAGAAUAAAAGCUAAAGAGAAAGCACGACCAAUCAGUCAUUCUGUGGAUAUGGGAGUUUUAGACAGAGCGACCAAUCAGGACUCAAGUGAUGGGCAUGCGCAGACAAUGUCUCUGACCAAGUUCAACAUCAGACAGCGAUUUGCUAAGCGGAAAGACCCAAAGCUAACUCGAACAAAUACAGACAGUUUGUCGGGUACAUCAACAAAUGUAUCUGAGACAACAACAGAAGACAGUGAACAAUUCUGGUCAAAUGGUUUCCAUGGUGAUGACGACGAUGAUGACGACAAGAGUGAAAUCACCCAAGAUGAUGACGUCACUGAGGACUUCACGCCACGCUCAUUGUUCGGUUCGGUGUCCAGACUCUCAUUAUUUCGUCCAGCAAACUGGAGUGCAGGAGGCACAAGCAAUGAUGCUGGGAUAGGCAGCCACCAGCCUAAAGGAUGGAAAGCCAUGAAGGAUAAACAUAAUGCACGCAAACGAAGGGGAAGUAUUGGUAGUCUUAGUAUGGGGACUAGUAUAAGCAUGGGGGAUUUAAAUAGCCUGGGUAGGACGAAGAGAAAUAGUGAGCCUGUUGUUCAGCGAAGAGGACGUCCGGAUGGGCGGUCGGUCGUUAGUGACGAUGACGUAGAAGAGUCAACUGACUUAUAGCCCUCUAGAGGCCACAGAACUCCAAUGUCAUUCAAAUGAUUAGUCUAUAGAGUGAAAGAUCCAUACAAUGCUGCGUGUGUUCACAACUACAUCUGAAAUAAUGGACUUUAAAGUGAUCCUUAACUAACUACGCACUAUAGCCUACAUGUCAUGGUUUCAUUUUACUAUCUGAUAUUUCAAACUGAGUAAUUUGUUUGCACACGGGAGAGUUUACAAGGUUAAAUUAAAGCCACAAGCUUAUUAUACAUUUUGAUGGGAUCCCAGCUAGACCUUGCCAUAUUAUGCUAAUCAUGUUCACGACAGCCAUUUUGGAAAUUUUGAAAAGUUGACUGUUCUAACCAUACUUUAAUGUUUAAAUCUGCACUGGCCCUAUUGCUAAUUAUAUUUUGCGUUACAUAUACUCUGACUGUCAAAAGUAUAUAAUGCACACAUCCCCGGAAAUGUAACCCGAUCUGCCCCACCGUACCGCAAUACCAAAGGGGAGGUCAUAAAACAAUACACCCAAUACCACUAAUGGUUUAAAAGUAAGACAAUACAUGUAAUUAUUGCCUAAGGCAUUUACUUUUUUACUUCUUAUGUUAUUAUUGGUCAAUGGAAGCCAAGUUUCUAUAUUUAUGACGUGGACAAAUCAACAUUAUAAUAUUAUGUAUAUCUUUCUUUCUACAUCUAUUUAUAAGAAGCCUAUAGCGGUGUUGAACAAGUGCUAUAAAAGUUGUGUUGACAUAAUUUAUAACAAGUAUUUCCAAUUGGUUUUUAUAAUUUAUUCCACAUGAAUGGAUAGCUGUGUACAAUAAGAUGAAUUAUACAGAUAUACAUCGAUGUCAAAACAGUUAAGUUAAUUGGGAAUGUUAUAAGUUGCUCCCCCCCCAAUAUAUAACAUAAAAAGAUUCUGAUUUUGAUUAGACUUAAAUCCCAUUAAUUGAAGCAAAAAUACUGUUUUCUACAAAAGCAACUUGUAUUUAAUGUAAAUUAUUAACUUCUAGUAUAACUCUUUCUUUUUAACUAUAACCACUUCGUGAUUAUUAUCAACAAUGUAACUUAUUUCACAAUAAACCGAUGUGUGUAAAUCACUGUACACUCAGUACUCUCCCGAGUCAUAAUAAGAACUUUUUUGAGUAAUUACCAAUUAUUGUCAUGAAUAAUAAAAUUACUUGUUAUUAUUUUAUAGGGAAUUUAUAGCAUUCCCUCGCUGCCAAAAUAUGACAAAUUAUUAUCAAAGUUUGUUAUUCCUAUUAUUUUAUAAAGUCAUUACAGAAUAUGUGUUAACUGGUAACUAACAAUAACCUCUGACAUUCUAGGCACAUGUCAUGCAUAAGCAUUGUCUCGGACCAAUAUGUCGAUACAUUUCGACCAUAUCAAAUAUAAUCCAAACAAAAUGUAGUGGAAUUAUGUACAAUGUCUACUUCUAUAUAUUUGCCAACCCGUUUGGCUUUGCCUUCUAAUUUCACAAACAAAAUGUGUAGUAUGUUUCCAUACGAUUAUUGUCAUUAUAUUUUAGUGUGAUUUAUUUGUGAAAUAUUGUGUAAAUUUGAUGAAAAGAUGAAAGUAUAAUGAC